GGCGGGGAGCAGCUCCCGGAAGGUGCGCGGUGCGCUAUGGGUAGGAGGCGCCGGUCGCGCCUGCGCGUUGGCCUCCUGUCUGCGGGGGAAGAUGGUGCUUAUCAAGGAAUUCCGUGUGGUCCUGCCCUGCUCUGUGCAAGAGUAUCAAGUUGGACAACUUUAUUCUGUGGCUGAAGCCAGUAAAAAUGAAACAGGUGGUGGUGAAGGGAUCCAAGUCUUAACCAACGAGCCUUAUGAGAAGGAUGGCGAAAAAGGACAGUAUACGCACAAGAUUUAUCACCUGAAGAGCAAAGUUCCUGGGUUUGUGCGGAUGUUUGCUCCAGAAGGUUCGUUGGUAUUCCAUGAAAAGGCCUGGAAUGCCUAUCCUUACUGCAGAACGAUUGUAACGAAUGAAUAUAUGAAAGAUGACUUCUUCAUCAAAAUUGAGACUUGGCAUAAAUCAGAUUUGGGGACAUCUAACAAUGUGCAUGACUUAGAUCCAAAUACAUGGAAGAACGUGGAAGUUGUCCACAUUGACAUUGCUGACAGGAGCCAAGUCGAGCCUGGAGACUACAAAGCUGAUGAGGACCCAGCCUUGUUCCAGUCAGUCAAGACCAAGAGAGGCCCUUUGGGACCUAACUGGAAGAAGGAGUUGUCUGCUGAUGGAGACUGUCCGAAAAUGUGCGCUUACAAGCUGGUGACAAUCAAGUUUAAGUGGUGGGGACUGCAGAACAAAAUAGAGAACUUUAUUCAGAAGCAAGAAAAAAGGAUAUUUACCAACUUCCAUCGCCAGCUCUUCUGCUGGAUUGACAGGUGGAUUGACCUCACGAUGGAGGACAUCCGGCGGAUGGAGGAUGAAACGCAGAGAGAGCUGGAAGCGAUGCGUAAGAAGGGUUCCGUCCGAGGUACAUUGGCUGCCGAUGUCUAGAGGAAUCUUCUGUAGGGUCAGAGGCCAAAUGAACUGUUUGCGUAACCAAGGUGAAGUGAGAGGGACGAGUGCUGCCAAUGACGAAUGAAGACCGAUCUGUGCUCCAGUCGCAUACAUGGCGUGUUGAUACAACUGUGUGUGUGUGCAUGUGGGUGCAUGAUUUUUGCACUUGCAAUCAUGCAUGCACAUGCACAAGCUCACACACACACGGUGUGCAUUUGUACAGAGAGACCGCUGCAGUUUCUCCAAGGUACUGAAUCUCUUCCAAAAAAAGAAAGAAACUGCUUUCAUUAUGUAUACCCAAAGCAAAUAAAGCCACCUGGUGUCAUUUAAGAGAGGAAGAGAUUGUUGAAUUAUGCUAAUUGGUAUGUUUCAAACUGUUAAUGCUGGACCAAUUCUUUCCCUCUUGUUUUAUGCCCAUCUUGAGUGUCUCUUCCUGCUAGGACUUGCCUUGUCUUUUAUGCUUAGGUUUGGAUCAGAAGUUAAUUUCCCAUUUUGUGUUUCCUUCAUGAUUUUGUAAUAGGAACUCUGAAUGUAUUUAUAGCUAUUUAUUUCUAGAUUGUCACUAUCUUGGAAUCAAAUCAGAACUGUUUAUUGGCAGUAAGAAUCAUUUCCCCCUCUAUUGAGUGAAAAAUACAAACACAACCUUUAUCUGUCUGCUGCAAAAGGAUCUGUCUUAUUGGAGUUUUCUACAUUGGAAAAUCAAGUGUUUCUUCAUUAUAAUUGGCAAAAUAAGAAAAUGCUUAUAAGUCAUAAACAUCAGGAGUGAAGGCAUUACUGAAACCUUGUAAGUUCUGUCCUUAAGCCUAAAUUACCAUAAAAGCAAAGCACCCAAAAAGAGCCAGAGCGGCUGCUUCCUGGAAAGGUUGCCUUUUCCAACAGCUGUGCAGAAGUUCUGGAGUUCUGCACCAAGAACAUGAUCACAUAAAAUUGGCACUCCAUAGAAAUUUCUUAAAGCUGUUUUCAGUUGAGGAAGGUGGAUUGUAUCUUGGAUAUAACUAUCACAGUGCUUAGUAGCUCAGCAGCAGAUAUUCCAGGUCCCCAAGCAAGCUGUGAGUUUGGGUUUGGCUUUCUGUUUGGGAGCUAAUGGACUUUUGUUUGUUUGGUCCAAAGGCACUGUGGUCUGAUGAGCUCACCCUCUUUUUGAAUGAGGCAAGCAUGCCACUGGCUUGUGCGUUUGGGGGGGGGGGCACUUAAAGCGCAAUGGAAGCUUGCUGCAAUUAAAUCUGGAGCCUGACCAGGAUAAUGGUGCUUCUUCAUCACCCCACCAGAUGAUUAGCUUUGUAAAUAUAUAAAUACUGUUUUUAAGAGACUUGCUACUCUAGGCCUGUUGCUCAUAAAAUAAUCCAAGGGCUGGCUUUUCCCAUGCAAGAGUCUGCUCCCACCAAUACCAAGGAGAGCCCCAAUACGUGCCCCAAACAGCAAGUUCCACAAUGCAUCAGUUGUGUGGGUUUGGUUGGGGGGGGGUUCAUAAUAAAUGACGAGGGGAAACUUUGUAGCGAAUGUAAAACUUAGUUUACUUCUGCAGUUUCUAAACUGUAUUAAGAAAAUUUAAAUAAAUUUGCUCAGAAAAUA